CGGAAGAGCGGCCUUUCUCGUGGACCUUCCCCACCUGCUGCAGUGCGGAGUACGCUUGUUCAGCCCUCUGCCUAUAUAAUACUUGGAAAAUUCCUAGAGAGUAGAGACCACUGCAAAGGAGUCCUGGGAGGAUAGAAAUAUUAUUUUGAGGGGAAGCCACCACCAAAACUAUGGGAGCAGAAACCUUGCUAACGAACGGGGAGGCUCGGGUUCAGCUUGAGGCCAAGGUUCCUGUUAUACUUGGACUCCAACCAGCCGCCCUCAUCGACCACGUGGCUCGUGUUGAUUUGUCCUUGCUCGAUCAAAUUCCCGGUGAACGUGGUGGCUCUAUUCCGGUGGCUAUCGAGGAGCUUGAGCAUAUAUUAAGCGAGUUGAAAAAGCACAUCCUUGCUUCAGCUGAUGAUUUAUCUCCUAUGAAGACGAUGGCCGGGGGAAGUGUUGCAAAUACUAUUAGAGGACUUAGCUCAGGCCUCGGGGUUAAUUGCGGAAUGAUUGGGGCUUUUGGGGAUGAUGAGCAAGGUCAAUUGUUUGUAAGUAACAUGAGCAUUAGUGGAGUUAAUAUUUCAAGAUUGAGAAAGAAGAAUGGACCUACGGCUCAGUGUGUUUGCCUAGUUGAUGCAUUGGGCAAUCGAACGAUGCGACCUUGCCUAUCAACCGCUGUAAAAGUUCAAGCGGAUGAACUGACCCAAGAGGAUUUUAGUGGUUCUAAGUGGUUGGUGUUGAGAUAUGGGAUAUUCAAUUUGGAAGUUAUUCAAGCAGCUAUUCAAUUUGCCAAACAAGAGGGUGUUUCUGUCUCAUUGGAUUUGGCCAGUUUUGAGAUGGUUCGUAAUUUUAGAGAACCUCUUCUACAGUUACUGGAGUCAGGGGAUAUAGACCUCUGUUUUGCCAAUGAGGAUGAAGCUAGAGAGUUACUAAGGGGUGGGCAAAAUGCUGAUCCUGAAGCUGCAUUAGAAUAUCUGUCUAAAUAUUGCCGGUGGGCUGUAGUUACCUUAGGGCCCAAUGGAUGCAUCGCUAAACAUGGAAAAGAGAUUGUCCGAGUUCCAGCUAUAGGGGAGGCAAAAGCCGUUGAUGCCACUGGAGCUGGGGACCUGUUUGCUGGUGGUUUCUUAUAUGGAUUGGUCAAGGGAUUAUCCCUCGAGGAAUGUUGCAAAGUGGGCUCAUGCAGUGGUGGCUCAGUGAUUCGUUCGCUCGGGGGUGAGGUAACGCCAGAGAAUUGGCAAUGGAUGUACAAGCAGAUGCAGGUCAAGGGCCUUUCACUUCCUGAUAUUCGGAACUGAUGUCUCCAUAACAAAAGAAGCAUUUAGUUUCACUUCCCUUGCUAUGAUUUAUUUUUCCGAAGAAAAAGGCAGCUUUAGUUGCGUUUUGGGGCUGGAUUGACUUGUUCACACGACUCCUCGCUUUCAACAGAAACAUUAACAUAUGCAAUGUUCAGUCAUGUUAGUGAAUUAUUCUGUAGAAACUUCUUUGCAAGGACUUCAGUCCAUCUAUUGAGUGCUACCAGAGGCAAAUGCCUUCUGUUACCUCAUUCUUUACUUUCCUUGAUA